AAAAUAAACGCGCUGGCAGGGCUGACUGUGUUUGUGUGCAUGUGUGUAUACGUAUGAUGUAUGUAUACGUAUGAUAUAUCAAACAAGCCGUGCAUUGUGCAGUAUUUAAAGAGAGCAGUAUUAUAAAGAAGAGUAGUAAGCUUGCUAUAUACAAGUGUUUCCUCGGCUGUUUGUGCCCCCUCCCUGCAUUCAGUGCACACAUCUAAACUAAUGGCUGACAAGGAGCGAACCGUGGUGAUAGGGAUGGACGGAAGCAAGCAGGCGAUAGAGGCCUUCAAAUGGUUCUGUAAAUCAAUGAAGCGAGACACGGACAAAGUCGUCAUGGUUUACACGGUUGAGGUCACAGACGCAAUGACCCCUAAACAAUGGCUACAUGUACCAAGUUCUGAACAAGAAAUUAAAACGACAAUUGAUAAAAACAUGGAGAAGAUCAAAGAAAAACUUGCUGGCUUUGCUAAACUGAUGGAAAGUGAACAUGCCACUGGGACAGUGCGAAGCGCCCAGUCUGAGAUUCCGGGAGAGGGGAUCGUUAAGACCGCUAUUGAGCUAGACGCAGACAUGAUUAUCAUGGGCAGCCGGGGUCUGGGCACGAUCCGUAGAACCAUCCUGGGCAGUGUCAGUGAUUAUGUGGUUCAUCAUGCUAAUGUACCCGUUGUUGUAUGUCCGCCAUCUUGAUUUCCAAUGUGGAUAACUCGUGAUUGGAAUUAUUCGUAUGAAUCUCGUCAGUUUUUCGUAUGUGACAGAAUGCAGUGGAAUAUCAUGAGUUUGACUAUCAGACAUUUUGCUGAACUACACAUAUACACAUGUUUCAAUUUAAUUUUUUUAAAAUAUAAUUUUAUCCAAACAACUGUUAUGCUUUUAUGUUUUUAUGUAUUUUUUUUUUAAUUUUAAACUAUUUAUUUUGCUUUGCAAUUUUACAUGUUGAUAGAUAAAUUAUCAUUUCCGUGCGUUUUUAUGGGCAUUAAUAAAAGGGAAAAAAUAAUGUGCUACUAAGGAAUAUUUAUUGUACAAGCUGCUAAUGAAAUAUACGUGAACAUGUAUUAAAUAAACGUUUACACCACAAA